UAGAGCUCCCUCUGGAAGGAGUUAGGCUUUUCCAAUACACACAGCUCGCUUCUUGGAUUCAGCACAGUUCUGCUCGCUCGCACUCAGCCACAAGAAACAUGAAUCUCAGACUUUGGGCACUGGCGCUUCUGCUCUUCAUUUUAACCUUGACUUCAGCAUUUGGAGCUCCACUGGCUGAAGGCUCAGAUAGAAAUGAUGAAGAACAGAAUAUCCGGACACUGGUAAACCCAAAAAUGGUCCGUAACCCUGCACCUCAACGGCAAGCCAACUGGAGAAAAAUCCGACGUCAAAGACCUCGCCUUUCACACAAGGGCCCAAUGCCCUUCUAAGAAUAAAAAGAUUUAUUGGAAUUGAGUUGUCCCCACCAACUGCAUAAUCUGCUAUGUUUGGCAUGGAACCCUGUGAUGCUCAGAGAGAUUGAAAACAUGUGAGUCCAGCUGCCUUCGGUCCUAUGGAUUUGCCUCUUCAACUUUUAUUGCAAAGAUAUAUUGGAUCAAAGGACACUGCAUUGAGGGAUUGUCAUGUGUUCCCAGGAUUCCAGCAAUUCAUCUCUGCUCCCCAAAGGGAGACCUUCCUAAUUACUACUGGAUCACGAACAGCUAAAGCAAUGUUAUUGCACUAAGAUCUCCUUCCUGGCAUUGCCCAUGCCUUACUCUGCAUUUUGUGUAUCUCUAACAUCAUCAUAUGUUUAAGGAAUGUCUAACAGCCCUUUUGCACACUUUCCAAUCAAGCGUUUGAGCCUCUAAUGAGCCAAAAAAUGUUUGUGGUAAAAAAUGUUGGUGCUGAGCAAAAUUUGUGUCUUAAACUGAAAAGGAGGCUGGUGUGAAACAUAUACUAUUUGCAUUAGGCUACUUUCAACCUAAAUGGGUUGAUCCACUGGGACAUAUCUCAUUAUGGACAUGUCAUAAAGAUUCCUUUAGGUUCCAAGCCCCUUGCCUGUGGCAACUACCUUAUUUCUCCCCAAGAAGCUGUUGGAUUUUUUUUCUUUUUUAGAAAAAAAAAAAGUAUUAAUGAAUAGAAGCCAUCCAAAUAGCACUUUCUAUAACACACAUGCUUUAACGGGUUCAUUUCAUGAAAACUAAAAGAAAACAAAUAACAGUAUUGUGUUCAUUUUUUUGUAAUGCUCUUUUCUCUUCUUUAAACAAAUGGUUCUCUUUGUGUAUAUGUAUAUAUAUGUAUAUGUAUCUCUGAAAAGAAGAUUCUUAUUUUUUUUUAA